AGGAACGGUUUCUGAGGCUCGCUUGCGAUSCGCCAGAUGUAUUUGCAAAGACGAGCGAGUUGUCCUCGUGUUUUGUUUGCAGAUUAAUAAUAGCUGCUUCGACAGACUGCUGAACUCUCAAAUGACAGAAACUCAGCGUGAACCGGCAGCCUCGCGUGUGCUCCUUUUGUUAAAAGUCUUGCAUGAGCACUUUAUCACCUCUUAGAAAAUGGAACAGCUGGGUAUUCUUAAUGACAAGUUUUUCAAAAAUGUAUUUCUGCGAGGGGAAAAUAAGUCUUCUCGGCGUGACAUCACUUUGGAGAUUUUUUUUCCCCUUACUGUUUUCCCCUUUCUCUUUUAUUUAAAUAUAGUUUGUGAUUAAACCAAUUCUCUCUCAUGUGGCUUGGCAAACGGUCCCGCCUGUAAUGGUAGCAAAAGAAUGUUUGACUUAGUURCUUUUGCAGACCUACGCUCACAGUCUCAUCAAAAUGUCAUGAAAAACCAGCAGUGGGCUUAAUUUGUCACCUUUCGCAGACUUGUGAAGCCAAAGGUUUUUGCGUUGCCAUGCUAAUAAUUUGUGUUUCACUUUAUGCUAAUCAUCUGAAAGACCUAUUCUUCCUGACAGAAGUGCUUUUUUUUACCUGUUGUUUAAUAAAAAAAUAACUUCUGAAUAGUUAAUUCCUGCAGAAUAAAGUGGAAUAGGAAGAAGGAAAACAACAAUUACUUAUUACAAGAAAGAAAGARUUAGCCAUGAUAUGAAGAGCAUUGGUUCUGUUGUGGUCUUGAGUUCUGUGCCAUUUUGGGUUGAAUUUGUAUUUUAGUAGAUUCUGAUGUUUCAUCAUUAUUAUACUACCUGUCUCAGUGGCUUAGCUUUUUUCAUUUUCUUGAUUCUAACUCGUUUUGUUUAGAUUUUGCUCCCUUUGUUUCUCCCUCUUCUGCUGUUUUAUCCCAGCUGCAUCAGUGCAAUUGUUCAUCGGUUUUCACCGUCUCGAUGCUUCUCAAGAGUACUUCCUGUUUCCUCUGUGUUAUAAUUAACGUUUUAGUUGCCUAAACUCAMCUCAAAAUGACAUUGCCUGUUUCCUGCGAGCAWUUGGGUCCCCAGCGACCACUCUGCCAACCACAGAGUAAACUCGUGUUGCACACGGUGCUAGCUUAAAAAUGACCUAAGUUAGCUUUAGCAAACAACGUGACAAAAAGCAAGAACAGCUCGCUCGAUAAAGUUUGCAUCACACAAAUGCAUGAGAACACAUUCAGACACGUUUUGUCUACUAAACGUAAUGCUAUCGCUGUUGUUCGUCCGUACAGCAUGGCCGCCCUGUAACACGAUUGCUGUGUAAAUGAAGUGUGUACUGGAGCAAGGAGCUGCCGUGGUGAAUACUGCCUGUAAGGCAGACAGCUGCUCUUAUCGACAAGUUUGUGCCUCCGGCAGUCCUGCAGGAUGCUCGUCUUGCAAAAGAGGAGCGCCUGUUACUUCAGCAGUGCACAGACCAGCAGCUCAGAGCAGCUACAAAGGCAAAUAGAAAGGAGUUUUGUUUUUCAUAACAUUUGGAGUCCUUGGCAUCGCCCUGACUGUCUGGCACCUGCCUGUUCAGGAUGCUGCAGCUGAACCUGUGAUGGACACCAGGGCUUGAUAUUUGUGCCUGGAAAAUAAUCACCAAUGGACCGGCUGGUUGUGUGUGUGCUGCUGUGUGCAGCUCUGGUGAAAGGCUACAGCUGCCCCGGCCGCUGCAUCUGCCAGCACCUCUCGCCCACUCUGACUCUGCUCUGCGCCAAGACCGGCUUGCUGUUCGUGCCCCCCACAAUCGACCGCAAGACCGUGGAGCUGCGGCUCACCGACAACUUCAUCACCAUUAUCCGUAAGAAGGACUUCCUCAACAUGACCAGCCUGGUCCACCUCACCUUAUCCCGCAACACCAUCAGCCAGAUCGUGCCCCACGCCUUCCUGGGCCUGCGCUCGCUCCGGGCGCUUCACAUGGAUGGGAAUCGGCUCAGCGUCAUAAAGAGCGAUCACUUCAAAGGCCUCAUCAACUUGCGACACCUCAUCCUUGGGAACAACCAGAUCCACCAGGUGGCCUCGACCUCCUUCGACGAGUUUGUCGCCACCAUCGAGGACUUGGAUCUGUCCAACAACAAUCUACGCAGCCUUCCCUGGGAGGCCAUAGCCAGAAUGACUAACAUUAACACGCUCACCUUGGACCAUAACCUUAUUGACCACAUAGAAGCGGGGACUUUCACUUUGCUCACCAAGCUGGUCCGCCUGGACAUGACUUCUAACCGGCUGCAGAAGCUUCCGCCGGACAGCCUGUUCCAGCACGCCCAGGUUCUGUCCGACGCCAAGRGCUCCAGCUCGUCCACACUGGCGGUGAGCUUUGGCGGGAAUCCCCUCCACUGCAACUGUGAGCUGCUGUGGCUGCGUCGGCUGACGCGAGAGGACGACUUGGAGACGUGCGCCUCGCCGGAACACCUCAUGGACAAAUAUUUCUGGUCGAUACAGGAGGAGGAGUUCAUCUGCGAGCCCCCGCUGAUCACCAAGCACUACUCCUCUAAGCCCUAUGUGAUGGAGGGCCAGGGUGUGACUCUAAAGUGCAAAGCCAUGGGGGAUCCAGAUCCAGACAUUCACUGGAGGUCACCGGACGGCAAGCUGGUGCACAACAACUCGCGCACCAUCCUGUAUGACAACGGCACCCUUGACAUUCUCAUCACCACGCUGAAGGACAGCGGGUCGUUCAACUGCGUGGCGUCCAAUGCUGCCGGCAUCGCCACUGCCGCCGUGGAGAUCAGCAUGAUCCCCUUACCCUUGUUCGUGAACAACACCGGCCACAUGCGCGAGGACCCCGGCCUCUCCGACAUCACCACUUCCUCCAAAGCUGGCAAUGACACAAAAGGCUACGACAAGCAGGACAAGAGGGUCCUGGUCACGGAGCUGACCUCGUCCUCCGCCGUGAUCCGCUGGCCGUCUGAACGCCACAUCCCUGGGAUCAGGAUGUACCAGAUUCAGUACAACAGCACUGCAGAUGAUACUUUGGUGUACAGAAUGAUCCCAUCUACCAGCAAAAACUUCCUCAUCAACGACCUGGCUGCGGGACGAGAGUACGACCUCUGCGUGCUGGCCGUGUACGACGACGGCAUCACGUCGCUGACGGCCACGCGCGUGGUCGGCUGCGUGCAGUUCCACACGGCCAAUGAAGUCAGCCAGUGCCGCUUCAUGCACAGCCAGUUCCUGGGAGGCACCAUGAUCAUCAUCAUUGGCGGCAUCAUUGUCGCUUCCGUGCUGGUGUUCAUCAUCAUCCUGAUGAUCCGCUACAAGGCCUAUGGCAGCCCCGUGGACGCCAAGGCCAAGGCCAGCUCCGCCAUGCACUCGCAAACCAACGGCAGCCAGCAGCGGCUGCAGCGCUCGGUGUCCAAGCAGCCGUCCGACGAGGACGAAGCGCUGGCGCCCAAAGAGUGCAUGGCUCUGGUGUUGAGGGUGGACAGCGAUAAGAAGGAGGACCUGGCAGCCGCGGCGGCGGUCCUCGAAGUGGAGCUGCCCCCAAAUGCGGACAAAAUGAAGAGAAGGAGCAGCCUGGAUGCUCAGCGCUCCGGGCCGCCGUCUGAGGACACGCAGACGGACAGCAGCCUGACCGGCUCCACCAUGUCCCUCUGCCUCAUAGGCUCCAAUGCCGGCACUAAGGAGGCUCCCAGGCUUAAGGACAAGAAAAGCGCCCWGGCCAGCGUGGGGUUACUCCCCAACGAGCUGGCACGAACUAGGCACAGAUUCUCUUUCGAUGGCGGGGAUUACUCCAUAUUUCAGAGUCACAGUUACCCGCGCAGAGCGAGGACGAGGUGGCACAGGUCCACCAAUCAGCUCAACACGGAGUCAUCGCCGCUCGCCAACAGGAGAGUUACAUUCAGCAGCACUGAGUGGAUGCUUGAGAGCACGGUUUGAGGAAAGCAGUGUAGCAAAAAAUUUAAAAUAAAAAAGAAACGUUUAAAAAAGGCACAAACGUAACAUGUAAAAACACAAAACGUYUACAUGCCAUACAGCACAACGAUGAUUAAAAACAAGCACAUUUAUGUACUCAUGCUGACUUCCUGUGAGUUGCUGGAGGAGAACAGUAUCCUGUCAUCCUGCUUCCCCCCCAUCGUGCUCCCAGAGAGGUUUAUGUGGGCCAUGUCUCUUUGUUUUUUGGGUUUUUUUGCAGCGGUGCCUUAUUCUUUUAAAUGUAUGAAUGGAGGAUGCUGCUCACUGUAGUCACAAACCUCCCACUCUUGACGGCGGUGGGAAGUAAUGUUUUUGGCUUUUCGGUUUUCACCGUUUUCUGUGGCACACCGACGGGGGGGAGAGGAGUGUGGCAUUUGGAUGUGACUGUUUAAUUGUUAAAAAAAAUAAUAAUAAUAAUCAUUAAAAAAAAAAAAAACUUCAUUAAGCAGUAACUUGUAAAGUGAACAGCCAGGUACCCUGUUAUGUCUAUCAUGUUUUUGUUUUGUUUUGUUUUUUUGAUGAGGAAAACAAAAAAAACUUUUGCACAGAAGACACGAGAUACAAGGACAAGUAUCAACACCAGUCUAUACAAUAUUAAUAACAAAAAAAAGCAGAGUUUUCUCUUUUUUUCGAAUGCUCAUUUCUAAUGUUAGUGGAUAAAAAGGGGAUUGAUGUGAGAAUCUGCCAUGGACGGUCAGACUGUGCGAUGUUGAAUAGGUAUUGUUCCAGACGUGACUGUAUAUUCAUCAGUACUGUAUCUGGCUGGUCUAGAUAAAAGACGACAAACAAACAAACAAAAAAAGACAUAUAUAAGUAUAUUAAAACAUUGGUGUAUGUGUACUAACUAUGUAAAGUAAAUAAGUCAUACGUCACGUGACUUUUUACAGAGCAUUUGGGUGUUGGCUGCAAGUUUUUACAUUAAAAACCUGUGUCAUCACACCUUUCAAUAUUUAGUAUGUCCAAGUUUGAACCAUUUAUCCCCUCAUGAAGGGUAUUAAAUUUUUUGUGUGGGUUAACUGUA